UGUUGAAAGUUUGCUUACCCUGUUGACCAUUUGGUACUGAAAUCGAUUAGCUUGUUUUUGCGUCAUUCCUACAGCUUACGCCACAGAUGCACUCAGAACGCGUGCUACGCCGUUGCGGCGGAGCGCUUUGCACCUUAUCUCACAGCGAAACCCAAGUAUCCAGGGUCGCUGCUGCCGCACCUCACCGGACAAGAGGUCGCAAAAAUGGAAUACGUUUUACAAAUUCAUCAAGAUUCGUGAGGAUGAGCUCGACGAAAUCUAGGACAAUACAUUCUUCCUCUACCAGGUCCUCAACCCACCACACCACCGCCACAUCGCUUAAUACAUCUAAUGAAGCACUCGUGCCGCCUCAAACACAAACAGGCAAGAUGGCCACCGUUGUUGUCAAAAAUAGCAGUUGCUUGUCUGUUUUGCCUCUGAAGACUGUCCUCCGCUCCUUGGCAGUAACAACCGUUUCUUCCUCGCCUCUACUCCUCAAUCCAUCUCUGGCAAUCAUGUCCGGAUUGGCUCAUAGCAAGAGCCCAUUACUGAACCCUGAUCGAAACCCCAUAUUGAGAUGGGCACUUAAAAAGACGUUUUAUGCGCAAUUUUGCGCCGGCGAGAACCCCUUGGAGGUUCGGCAAACCAUCGCCGGGCUGAAGAAGAUUGGUUUCACCGGCGUCUUGCUUGGCUAUGCAAAGGAGGUGGUCCUUAGCGACAAGGAGACAAAGGAACUUCACUCAUGCACAGAAGGCAAAGCUUCCGAGGAGUGUACGCAAAAAGAGGUUAUACCGUGGGCCGAAGGAACCAUGGAGACAGUUAGGCUUGUCAGCCCUGGCGAUUUCGUCUCGGUAAAAUUCACGGGAGCAGGAAGACAAGCCCUAUUCUCGUUGUCGGAGAAACUCCCCCCACCACCCGCCCUCGCCAAAGCCAUAGACGACAUUUGCAAACUGGCAGCCGCCCGCGGCGUCCGCCUCCUCUUUGACGCCGAACAGCAGGCCCUGCAGCCCGGCAUCGACGACUGGACCAUGCACUACAUGCGCAAGCACAACGCACCGGGCCGCUGCGUCGUCUACAACACGUACCAGGCCUACCUCAAGGCCACGCCGUCCGUGCUGGCAUCGCACCUGCGCGCCGCAGCCCAGAGCGCCGCCGAGGGCAAACCGUUUGCGGUCGGCGCCAAGCUCGUCCGCGGCGCCUACCUCGGCUCGGACCCGCGGCACCUGAUCCACGACACCAAGGCCGACACGGACGCGUGCUACGACGGCGUGGCGGCCGCGCUCCUGCGCCAGCGCUGGGAGGGACCCCUCGCCGGCAAGGACGAGGGCAGCGAGUUCCCCGAGGUGCACAUGGUCCUGGCGUCGCACAACUCGGAGUCGGUGUGCAAGGGCCGCGAGAUCAUCAAGCGCGGCGAGGCCAGGACCACCGAGGUGGCCUUUGCGCAGCUGCAGGGCAUGGCCGACGAGGUCAGCUGCGAUUUGAUCGCGAGCGCCUGCGAGAAGGACGCCGCAGCCGUCAAGUCGUACAAGUACCUCGUCUGGGGUACCACGGGCGAGUGCAUGAAGUAUCUACUCAGGAGGGCGCACGAGAACAGGGAUGCGGUGCAGAGGACGCGGAGCGGACGGGAUGCCAUGGCUGCCGAGGUCUGGCGGAGGUUUGGAAGGUUCUUUGGACUUGGCGCAUGAGGCUAGUCAUACAAGCCUUCUCAUAUACUGUCUAUCUAGAGUAAUGUUGGUGGUUCUCUGGGAUUUAGCGGAGAGGCGUCUUUUCCUUGCGUAUUGGUUUACACAGCAUUGCUAGUCAUACAGCUUUACAAAAAAAGAGAAGAAAAAUUCGUUAUCAACGACCAGAAUAGCAGGCACAUCUUGGAAGUCG